CAUGGCCUACAUCCGCGACCCUCGCUUCUCCAUGUCCUUGGUCGAGCCUGCUUUCGAGCCCCCAAGUGCUCCUCGUCCACCCCGUGUCUCAUUCGCAAAGCACUUCGAACGGCGUAUGAUCAGCGUAUGGAAGAUCAUCACGCGCAGUACGCGCAAACAACCCCGCGACUCCUUCAUCCACUCCGAUUUCGUCGUCAUCACAGCCCGACGACGCAGUACCAUUCGGGGUCCGCGCAUAUACCGAGUCUA